AUGGAAUAUGCAAAGGGGCUCAUGUACUUGCACGAUGUUGCAAACCCUCCCGUAAUUUACAGGGAUAUGAAGGCGACAAACAUGUUGUUGGAUGAAAACUUCAACCCCAAGCUGUGUGGACACUACAAGAAGCUUGCCCCUGAAUAUGAAAAGCUUGGAUCGAGCUUUAAAAAGGCUAAAUCUGUUUUGAUUGGGAAGACAUUUGAUCAGAUUGUUCUUGAUGUAAAUAAAGAUGUUCUUGUUGAAUUCUAUGAUCCAUGGUAUAGAGUUAGUGGUUAUCCUACCUUGAAGUUUUUUCCCAAGGAAAACAAAGCUGGUGAAGAUUAUGAGGCUAAACGGGAGUUGGAUGAUUUUGUUAAAUUUAUUAAUGUGAAAUGUGGCACUAGCCGUGAUGCGAAUGGCCAACUUACUUUCCAGUCCGUAGUUGUAUAUGAUAGUUACUAUCUUGUCUAA